GCAUUUCGUCGAAUAGGUAGUCUUCCAUCUGCGACCUGUCUCCGCCACCAUCUUCUGAAAUACCGAGGAUUAUUGAUAUGGCGGCGUCGAAGAUAUCCGCGAGAUCUCCAGCGGCAUCGGAUCAGAAUUCGUUCCCCUCGACGUCCUCCUCCGCUCCCCAACCCGAGUGCGAUGCCUUUGCCACAGCCGCCUAUCAGCGAUAUAUCCGCCUGCCGGAGCUCGCCAAGCUUGCCGGGUCCAGGAAAUUCCCCCAGUGGCGCAACGAGCCGGUUCUGAAGCCGGCUCUCCAGGGCUUGGAGAUCACCUUCCGGUUCGUUUCCAUCUCCCUUUCCGACACUCGGCCGUACGCCAACCACCGCGAGUGGAAACGCCGGCUCGAGUCGAUCGCCUCCCGGGAGAUCGAGCUCAUCGCAGCGCUCUGCGAGGAGGAGGGCGGUGCCGGCGCUCCCAUCGCGGAUCUCAGCUCGUGCGCGGGGGUUCUGUCUCGGGGAUACAGUUCGCAGGAGGUGUGGAAGGUCCCCGGCGCGGCGGCGAGCGUGGUCGCGCGCACAAGCGAGGCGAGCCUGCUGCCGCGGCUGGCGGCGUGGGAGAAGUCGGAGGACGCGGCCGCCAAGAUCCUGUUCCAGAUCGAGAGCCAGAUGCAACGGUGCGCCUUCACUUUGGGACUCGGCGAGCCCAACCUCGCCGGGAAGCCCGCCCUCGAGUACGACCUCGUCGUCCGGCCGUUCGACCUCCACGCCCUCAAGCGGUGCUCCAAGGCGCACCAAGAAGACCAGGUGUUGUGCACGAUCCAUCAGAUCCUUGAGUCCUGGCUAAGCGCCGCCCGGGAGCUCGUCGCCCGCGUGGAACAGAGGAUCGAAUCAGAGGAGUGGGCGGCCGCGGCGGGCGACUGCUGGCUCAUCGAGCGCGUAUGGAAGCUGCUCUCGGAAGUGGGGGACCUCCAUUUUCUGAUGGAUCCCGAUGAUUUCCUCCGGAUCAAGAGCCAGCUAGGGAUCAAGGCCGCCUCUGGCGGCGGGGAGUCGAUCUGCUUCCUAUCGGAGACGCUGAUUCACGUGACGGGCGCGUGCAAGGAACUUCGGCGGAGCGUGCCGCGGAUCCUGGGCGUGGAGGCGGAUCCCAACGGUGGCCCGCGGGUGCAGAACGCGGCGAUGCUGCUUUUCCACAGCCGGCGGCGUGGGGAAGGGGACGAGAUGGGGAAGGUUGAACUGCUGCAGGCGAUGCAGGCGGUGGAGGCAGCAUCGAAGCGAUUCUUCUUCGCGUACAGGCAGGUGGCGGCGGCGGUGAUGGGGAGCCUGGAGGUCAGCGGAAACCGAGCGGCGUACGUUCCGGCAGAGGCACUGGAUUCGCUCACGCAGAUGUUCCUCGAGCCGCCUUACUACCCGAGCUUGGACGCCGCGAAGACCUUCUUGGGGGAGUACUGGCAGCGAAGCGACCUCGGAGCGACCAAGGCAAACUGGUAGAAGACGACCUAAGUUUAGAUCCAAACUAAAAUGAAACUAGAAAAGAUUAAAAAAUAUAUAUAUUUUUUAUUUUUAUUUUUUAUUGAAUGUAUUUAAUAUCAUUAUUUAGUCUACGUGAUGCGUGUUUUUGUAAAUGGGAGUAUAACGAGUUUUAAUGUCAUUAUAUUUAAUUGGAGUAUAACAAGUUUUUUCCUUCUAAAA